GAUUUUUUGUGUAGUAACAACAACCACCACCAUUACUAACAUGACUGAUAAACCAAAACGUCCCCUAUCCGCCUAUUUCUUGUGGUUGAACUCAGCCCGUGAACAGAUCAAACGUGAAAAUCCCGGCAUUAAAGUAACAGAAAUUGCCAAAAAGGGUGGCGAAAUCUGGCGUUCAAUGAAAGACAAAUCUGAAUGGGAAGCCAAAGCCGUUAAGGCCAAAGAAGAAUAUGAAGUUGCAAUGCGUGAAUUUGAGGCAAAUGGUGGCUCAACAGCGGCGAAUGGUGCUGGCAAAAAACGCGGCAAGGCCUCCAAGGCUCCAGCGAAACGAAGCAAGAAGGCUGAAUCUGAGGAAGAGGAUGAAAGCGAUUAAAUUUUGUAAAUUUAACUUUUUCGAUUAAGUAAAAUACCCACACACAUAUAUACA